AGAGAAAGCGAGAAACACAGAGGGGACAGAGAGCAUAGGGAGACUUGGAGGGGGAGAGCACGCUUAGAAGGAAGUGAACAAAAGUCAGAUACUUUUUUCUUUCUUUCGUUCACCUUCUUUCUUGGAUUCUUUCUCCAAGAAGAAUGUCUCCAUGAUGAAGGCAAGAACGAAUGAGUGCGAAGCAGCUGCAGGCAUGGCAUUGGGCGUCGCCGGAGUGGCGACGCUGCUAUUAGCCACCGCCUUCACGGGGGUCACCGCCGACACCAACUCCGACGAUGUGACUGCCCUCAACACCUUCUACACAACCUUGAACUCGCCGUCGCAGCUGACAAACUGGGUGUCCCAGAACGGCGACCCGUGUGGCCAGUCUUGGCUUGGGAUUACUUGCGCUGGUUCAAGAGUGAUAACAAUAAAAGUACCUGGCAUGGGGCUAAAAGGGACCCUAGGAUACAACAUGAAUCUCCUCACUGCACUAUCUGAGCUUGAUACGAGCAAUAAUAACCUUGGAGGAAGUGAUAUCCCUUAUAAUCUCCCUCCAAAUCUUGAGAGACUAAAUCUUGAGAAGAACAGCUUCACUGGGACUUUACCUUAUUCCAUUUCCCAAAUGGAUGCACUUAAGUAUUUAAAUCUUGGUCAUAAUCAGCUUUCAGACAUCAAUGUUAUGUUCAACCAACUCACCAACUUAACAGCAUUGGACUUGUCAUACAACUCGUUUUCUGUCACUCUUCCUGAAAGCUUCAACUCCUUGACAAGUUUGAGCACACUUUAUUUGCAGAACAACCAAUUUACCGGCACGAUAGAUGUUCUCACUAAUCUCCCUCUAACGGACCUAAAUGUUGCAAACAACCAAUUCAGUGGGUCCAUUCCCGAUAAGCUGAAGAGCAUAAGCAAUCUCCAGACAAGCGGCAACUCCUUUAGCAACAGCCCUGCACCAGCAGCAUCAACACCACCAAAUACUCCUCCACCGUUGCGACCAUUUACUACUGGAAUUCCGAGUCAUAGUAACAAUAGUCCAUCAAGUGGAAGUGAUACCGAUAAUGGUGGCGGUCGUGCUGGUGGCCGUGUUGGCAGUGGUGGCAAAAGCUCCAAAGUAGGAGGUGGCACGGUUGCGGGAAUUGUGAUAUCUCUGGUGGUUGUUGUUGCAUUGGGUGCCUUCUUUCUGAUCAAGAGGAAAUCUAUGAGGCAUCAACAGGGAGGUGAUCCUGAAAAGAAUGAUUAUCUCAGCCCUCUUGCUUCAGGAAAAAUUAAACAGCUGAGGCCCAUCCGCUCUGUCUCACUCUCACCAACUGGAAAGGAGAAUAAUGUCUCGAUGAACUUGAAAGCGCCGUCGAAAAUCGAGUUGCAUACGUCCUUUGACGAAAAUGAUCCCACGAACAAGCCUGCCACAAAGAAAAUAAACCUCUCUUCCAUCAGGGCAACUGCAUACACAGUUGCAGACCUGCAGGUGGCAACUGAGAGCUUCAGUGCUCACAAUCAGAUCGGUGAAGGCUCUUUUGGGCAUGUUUACAGAGCGCAGUUGUCAGAUCAGAAGGUUCUAGCUGUGAAAAAGAUCAAUUUCUCCGCCCUUACAAACCAUCCAUCUGAUUUUUUCAUUGAGCUGGUUGCCAAAAUUGCAAAGCUAAAUCAUCCAAAUCUGUCUGAGCUAGAUGGCUACUGCUCGGAGCAUGGACAGUGCUUGCUGGUAUAUGAAUUUUACACGAAUGGAUCUCUCCAUGACUUCCUUCACCUGUUGGAUGGGUACAGCAAACCGUUGUCUUGGAAUACCCGUGUCAAGAUUGCGCUAGGAUCUGCAAGGGCAUUAGAGUAUCUACAUGAAACUUGUUCGCCAUCUAUCAUCCACAAGAAUUUCAAAUCAUCUAACAUACUGUUGGACAAUGAGCUUAACCCCCAUAUUUCAGAUUGCGGGUUUGCAGACCUAAUUCCCAACCAGGAGCUCCAGGAAUCAGACGACAACUCGGGAUACAGAGCUCCUGAGGUGACCAUGUUCGGUCAAUACUCUCAAAAGAGUGAUGUGUACAGUUUUGGUGUCGUCAUGCUAGAGCUCCUGACUGGCCGGAAAGCAUUUGACAGCUCUCAACCAAGGUCUCAGCAAUCAUUAGUCCGGUGGGCUACUCCACAGCUGUACGACAUCGACUCAUUAGAUCAGAUGGUUGAUCCAGCACUGGAGGGACUGUACCCUGCGAAAUCCCUCUCUCGGUUCGCAGACGCCAUCGCCCUUUGUGUCCAGCCUGAGCCAGAAUUCAGGCCACCGAUGUCGGAGGUUGUCCAAUCGUUAGUUCGUCUUGUGCAGAGAUCGGGCAUGGGAUCAGUGCUGAGUGGCGAGGGCAAUUCUCGCCCGUUUGAGGAAUCUAGUGAUUACACAUUCUAGGGGAAAAUGCUGUAUAUUCCUUACAGUUUGUCAGUGUUGAUGAGCACGAUAGAAUUUACAGAUGUUGCAGCUAGGUUGGCAUUGCUUGUGACCUGUGCUGGCUGAUAAGUCAGUUGAAAUAAGACUUUUACCUCUGUCAUUUCCCUAUGAGUCAAUUACUUGUUUUGUAUAUAAAAGCAAUGGCAAACCUUUCUGCAAUGCUGCUACAUCCUGAUUCAUGGGUAAAAAAAGGUUUUUUUGUU